UGACAUGCAAAAUGUCGGGGAUUCCGGAAGUGGAACCGUAAAGCGCGGAAUAGUCGUCAUAGAGACUGUCAGCUGGUUGAGUAGGUGAGAAAGGAGGGGGGAUCGGCUGGGAGCAGCAGGGCCGGCACCUUCAUCUGCGGGGGAGAAAGGGUAAGAGGUGUAAAAUGGCAGGGAACAGUCUAGUUCUUCCCAUAGUCCUUUGGGGACGUAAGGCUCCCACUCACUGCAUUUCCACGGUGCUAGUGAUGGAUGAUUUAGAAACCAUUGUAACUGGAUGCCACGAUGGACAAAUCUGCCUUUGGGAUUUUUCAUCUGAGCUGGAGAUCAAUCCUCGAGCCUUGCUCUUUGGUCACACAGCUUCCAUUACCUGCUUAUCUAAAGCUUCUGCGGCCUGUGACCGACAGUAUAUUGUGAGCGCAUCAGAAAGUGGGGAGAUGUGCCUCUGGGAUGUAAAUGACGGAAGAUGUGUGGAAUUUACCAAAUUAGCAUGCACCCACACCGGAAUACAGUUCUAUCAGUUCUCCAUUGGGAGCCAGCGGGAAGGAAGGCUACUUUGUCACGGCCAUUACCCAGAAGUCCUUGUGAUGGAUGCCAGCAGCCUGGAUGUGCUUUACUCCUUGGUAUCCAAGAUUUCUCCAGACUGGAUCAGUUCUAUGAGCAUUAUUCGCUCCCACAGAACCCAAGAGGAUACUGUUGUAGCUGUUUCAGUGACCGGGAUCCUUAAAGUGUGGAUCAUUACUGCCGAAGUUCAUCGAAUGCAGGAGACGGAACCAGUGUUCGAAGAAGAAUCCAAACCAAUUUACUGCCAGAAUUGCCAAAGCAUUUCUUUCUGUGCAUUUACCCAGCGUUCUCUCUUGGUUGUGUGUUCCAAGUAUUGGAGGGUCUUUGAUGCCGGAGACUAUUCCUUAUUAUGUUCAUUCCCAAGUGAAGAAGGCCAGACAUGGACCGGAGGGGAUUUUAUAUCAGCAGAUAAAGUAAUCAUUUGGACAGAAGAUGGUCAAAGUUUUAUUUAUAAACUUCCAGCCAGCUGCAUUCCAGCCAGUGACACAUUCCGCAGUGAUGUUGGAAAGGCAAUAGAAAAUUCUAUCCCUCCAUUGCUGUACAGCGUUAUGCCAAAAGAAGACAGACAGGAAAGUCAUGAUGUGGAAGCUCUUGUCCAGGUUCCUGUCAAUGAGCACCCAGAUCAAACCAUUACCCUGGGACUGUACACACCUCGGACUUUGUUUCACACAAGGCCUCUUGAGGCAAUACUACUUAUCUGUCCCCCGGUCACAAGGUUUUUUUACGGACGAAGGAAAUCUUUCCAUAAACUUUUAAUCCAAGGAGACUCUUCUGGAAGGCUGUGUAUUUGGAGUGUUCCGGACACACUUGAACAGCUAGAGAGCAAACAAGGGCUCAAGAUCACCACCACCACCUCAUUACAGGAGGCAUUUGACAAACUCCAGCCACUUCCUGCUGGGAUUAUUGAUCAGCUCAGUAUUAUGCCAAACAGCAGCGAGCCACUUAAAGUGACAGCCAGUGUCUACAUCCCAUCCCAUGGCCGCCUGGUUUGUGGGCGGGAAGAUGGCAGUAUAAUAAUUGUUCCUGCCACACAAACGGCCAUAGUUCAGUUGUUGCAGGGUGAACACAUGUUAAGAAGAGGUUGGCCUCCCCACAGAACGCUGCGUGGCCAUCGCAAUAAAGUGACCUGUUUGUUAUAUCCACACCAAGUGUCUUCGCGCUAUGAUCAGCGCUAUCUCAUAUCCGGCGGGGUUGAUUUCUCUGUUAUUGUUUGGGACAUUUUCUCUGGCGAGAUGAAACACAUAUUUUGUGUACACGGGGGUGAAAUCACACAGCUUCUUGUUCCGCCAGACAACUGUAGUACAAGAGUGCAGCAUUGCAUCUGCUCAGUGGCCAGUGAUCAUUCUGUUGGCAUUUUAAGCUUGAGAGAGAGAAAAUGCAUCAUGCUGGCGUCCCGCCACCUCUUUCCCAUUCAAGUAAUAAAGUGGCGGCCAUCGGACGAUUAUUUAGUGGUUGGAUGUUCAGACGGCUCCGUCUAUGUCUGGCAGAUGGAUACAGGUGCCUUAGACCGUUGUGUCAUGGGAAUCACAGCGGUAGAGAUUCUGAAUGCUUGUGAUGAAGCCGUACCUGCCGCCGUGGAUUCGCUCAGCCACCCGGCUGUCAACCUCAAGCAAGCCAUGACCAGAAGGAGUCUUGCUGCUCUUAAAACUGUAGCACAUCAUAAGCUCCAGACCCUUGCCACCAAUCUGCUGGCUUCCGAAGCCUCCGACAAAGGGAAUUUGCCUAAAUAUUCACAUAACUCCCUGACGGUUCAAGCUAUAAAGACGAAUGUAACUGACUCGGACAUUCACCUGCUCUUCUUUGAUGUAGAGGCCCUAAUUAUUCAACUCCUCACUGAAGAAGCCUCUAGGCCAAAUACUGCACUGACGUCCCCCGAGAGUUUACAGAAAGCAUCUGGCAGUUCUGACAAAGGAGGGUCUUUCUUGGCUGGUAAACGAGCAGCAGUGCUUUUCCAACAGGUGAAGGAGACUAUCAAAGAAAACAUUAAAGAACAUCUCCUUGACGAUGAUGAUGAAGACGAAGACGCGAUGAGACAGAAGCGAGAUGAAAGUGACCCCGAGUACCGUACCAGCAAAUCCAAACCCUUGACUCUACUUGAGUACAACCUAACUAUGGACACUGCAAAACUUUUCAUGUCAUGUCUUCAUGCUUGGGGUUUGAACUCUGCAUUGGACGACGUUUGCCUGGAGCGCCUUGGGAUGCUUAAACCGCACUGUCCAGUCUCUUUUGGCUUGCUCUCAAGAGGUGGCCACAUGUCCUUGAUGCUUCCACGUUUCAACCAGCCAUUUUAUAAAGCAUUAGAUGGAAAUGUAGGCGUAGGACGUAAAAUGUCCGUUAGCGAAGGACUCGGAAAAGGAACGUACGGCGUUUCACGGGCUGUCACUACACAGCAUUUGAUGUCUAUUAUAUCCCUGGCAAAUACACUGAUGAGCAUGACCAAUGCUACGUUCAUUGGUGAUCAUAUGAAGAAGGCUCCAAACAGACCUCCGAGAUCCGGAUCACCAGACUCGAUGAAGGGGAAGACGUCCACCCAGACCUCCAGCAGUAUAAUGCAAAGUCAAAUCAAACAAGCUGUUGCUCCUGAUGCUUCUGCUAGCACUGAAGCCGAUCAUACUGGCUCUGAUCGCAUUUUACAUUCCUGUUUCUCAGUCAAUGAAGGAUGGAGCCAGCUGGCCGCAAUGCAUUGUGUCAUGCUGCCCGACUUAUUGGGGUUGGACAAGUUCAGGCCUCCGCUCCUUGAAAUGCUGGCACGUAGGUGGCAGGACCGGUGCCUGGAGGUCAGAGAAGCGGCCCAGGCAUUGUUACUCGCUGAGCUCCGGCGAAUCGGACAAGAAGGCCGUAAGGAAUCAAUCGAUUUCUGGGCACCAUAUUUACCCCAAUACGUUGACACCAUUAUGUCCCCUGGGGUGACCACUGAAAAUAUUCAGACUGGCAGCGCGAGUCCCGACUCAGCCGGGUCAGAGGCUAAAGUGCAAGAAGAAGAGCAGGAGCUGGUAGAUGAUGACAUCACUGCAGGCUGUCUCUCUAAUGUUCCUCCUCUGAAGAAAGCAUCACCUUCUUAUGAAGAGAGGCGAAAGCAGGCAACAGCGAUCGUGCUUCUGGGGGUCAUAGGCGCUGAGUUUGGAGCUGAGAUAGAGCCUCCGAAAUUGCUCACACGUCCACGCAGCUCUAGUCAGAUUCCCGACGGAUUUGGGCUGACCCACGGGGGGUCAAACUAUUCUCUUGCUCGACAUACAUGCAAGGCUCUGACGUUCCUUCUUCUGCAACCUCCCAGUCCCAAGUUGCCCCCUCACAGCACCAUUCGCAGAACAGCCAUCGAUUUGAUUGGACGAGGUUUUACUGUUUGGGAGCCUUACAUGGAUGUGUCCGCCGUACUGAUGGGGCUUCUGGAACUCUGUGCCGAUGCUGAAAAACAGCUUGCUAACAUCACAAUUGGACUGCCCCUGAGUCCAGCAGCUGACUCCGCCCGCUCUGCACGACACGCACUCUCGCUCAUUGCCACGGCCAGACCACCCGCCUUCAUAACAACCAUCGCCAAGGAGGUGCACAGACAUACGGCCCUGGCUGCCAAUACGCAGUCUCAGCAGAAUAUCCACACUACUGCCUUGGCUCGGGCUAAAGGGGAAAUUCUGAGAGUCAUAGAAAUUCUUAUUGAAAAAAUGCCUUCGGAUGUUGUGGAUCUCUUGGUGGAGGUCAUGGAUAUUAUAAUGUACUGCCUUGAAGGCUCCUUGUUAAAGAAGAAAGGGCUUCAGGAAUGCUUUCCUUCCGUGUGCAAGUUCUACAUGGUCAGCUACUGUGAGCGGAGUCACCGAAUAGCAGUGGGAGCCCGUAUUGGCACAGUGGCCUUGUAUGACAUCCGCACAGGAAAAUGUCAGAAUAUUCAUGGCCACAAAGGACCAAUCACUUCAGUUUCCUUUGCCCCCGAUGGACGCUAUCUUGCCACCUACUCCAACAAAGACAGCCAUAUCUCUUUCUGGCAGAUGAACACAUCUCUUCUUGGGAGUAUUGGAAUGCUGAACUCGGCACCCCAACUGCGAUGUAUAAAAACAUACCAGGUUCCUCCUGUCCAGCCUGCCUCUCCUGGCUCCCUCAAUGCCCUAAAACUGGCCCGUCUCAUCUGGACUUCAAACCGCAAUGUUAUCCUUAUGGCUCACGAUGGCAAGGAGCAUAGAUUCAUGGUUUAGGCCUAGAGAAGCCUGCCUUUUCCUACUAUAUUUCCCAGCAUCUUUUUAGCAUGAGUUUGUACCUGUCAUCAGGGAGAAGAAUCCUUAUUGUGUUAGGAGUGCAUGAAAACCUUGUGAUAUAUAUCGCACCCUGUGUAGAACCAGAGACUCAAUAUCUAUUCAUGUAAAUAGUUAACGUCUGGUCGUCCAGCACUUUAACCCCUCGUAGUCCUUUCCAAAUUAUAUAACAGUAUCUCAGUAGGCAAGAUACUCAAACUUGAUGUGCAUUUUAUUUUAUAUUUUGUGUUCGUUGGUUUUUCCAAACUGUUUUAGAAGUGGUACCAUUGUGUUCAUUUCUAAAUUGCGUUUGUGUGCGAGGAAACGCGUAGGAGGCCGUUACCAUUUGUCUUGUUUGUCCAUUUGUCUUUAAUGAGUCCUUUAUAUUGUUUGUUUUGUCCUCUGUAAUAUUUAAAAUGAUAAUUUUUUGUAGUGUUUCCAACUGAAAAAAAAACGUUAUGUCUAAUAAUGGUCUAAGGCUUUCCUCUUCAGCUGUAUAUAAUGUGUACAUAAUUCCAAUUGCACAGAAUCUUGUGUGUAGGAUUAGGGCUCACAAAACAUUCCAUCUAUGAGAAUCUUUAUUUUGGGAGGGAUUUUCUGUUUGUGUUCAGAUUUUUCUGGGGACAAGUGAAAAUAUCUAUUGUUACAGUUUGCACACAUUAUGAAUUUAUUUAAGAAGAGAGAAGUACCUGAGUACAAUUAGGACAGCUAUUUAGCUAUCAAAACCUUGAAUUAUGCAGAAUUUAAAUAAAUAUAAUAAAAAUACCCUAAAGCUGCCCUUUAUUGUGAAUACUGUGGCCUCACAGCCAAAAAAUGCCUCUAUCAGUUAUAGGAUAGGUUUUCUCUUGUUGUUGCAAGCUCCUAACUUCACCCAACGUAUGCUCAUGCAGGUCAAUGAAGGGGUCUCAGCCCAAUUUGGCCCCCCCUACUACUGCUCAAAUCAAAUAAUACAGCAAACCCUAUGUAAACCCAUUGGGCUCCUCCAUGUGCUUCUCAACUUAAAGGGUUUUUUAAAUAUGCCCGAUAGAUAUCUACCAAAUAUACAGCCAGAUAUUGCUUGAGCAGACCACCCCAUGCUCCUCAACAACCUGCCUUUACAAGACUGCACAGUUGGAUUGAGACUUCAAAUACCAGGUGGUCAUAAACAUAGCAAUUGCCGAUAUUUCUUGGAAAAGAUCUUCCAAGAAAGAUUGUUCAUUUCAAUACACACGUGUAGAGCUGAAUUGUCAGAUAUACAUAUAGAAACAAUAGAAUUCUACCUGUAUCUGAUGAUUCAGCACUAACAAUGGCCGAUGUUUGGGUGCCUUCCCCGAUCAAAAUGUUUCAUCCAGCCCGAUUGACGAGCCGACUGAUAUCCAAGUCUUCUGCAGAUAUCGGUCGGCUCUUUUCCCACCAUACACGCACCGAAUAUCGUACGAAAAUUCGUUUUGUACGAUAUUAUCUGUGCGUCUAUGGCCACCUUUACUUUUAGUUUUAUUUUCUUGCCUAACAAGUGGUUCAAGGUGGGAAAAAAUAAGCCAUUCAUAACUGGAUACUGCUGAGGAAUGUAACACUGUGAUUAUGGUUUUAUGACUUCAGUUCUAUGCUCGCUUUGAGGUCCAGCAUUUACUCAUGAUCCCCCAAUAAUAAGAUUACAAAUAUAUAAAUGUUUUGAUUUUCAGCCAUCAUUCAAAGAAUAUAUAUGAAAGCUAAUAAGCGUUCCCCCUCAAAGCUUGCCAUAAAUGAUCUUCAAGUUGGGUUUCUUGGAAAGCAAAUAUGCAUUUUCCCCACUGCGCUGGACCUUACUAAGUGUUUACAAGCCCACAGUAAAGUAUAAACUUUGUUCCAGUAUGAGUACUGACAGCAGGUCUUCUGUUUGAAAGCUUCUGAAGGUUACCAAAACAGGAGCUAGUUUUGGACCUUGCAUGUGUCGUAACUCUACAUGUUGGCACAGACUAUGAACUGUGCAUGUUUUCUCUUUUCUUCCUUUGAAUAGCAUAACAUUUAUUGGUUCCCAUACUUUAUGGCUGCCCUCAGGGGGACAUAAAUGGAGCUCAGCCUCUUAUUCAAGAAGAGUUAGGGCAUAUUUUGCAUUUACAAUAACGGAAAUCCUUGACCUAGAGAAACUACAGAUUCCUUGUAGCCCUUUGGCUCAUUUGGCAAAAGAUACACACCAGGUGAACAUUGAUGCAUAGAGUGGAGAAUUGUUGGGGAGCCUCAAAGAGGAGUUUUGGUGCGCAUAUUCGUUAUGUUCCCCUUGAUCAAUGAUCCUGCUCUGUUUAAAGAGAGCAUAUCAUUUUGAACUAUCUGAACAAACAUUCUUCCAUCUACUGUAAGUUUAUCAGUUUAGAUUUUCCUUUCUCUGACUCCUUUGUAGUUUAAGCAUUUUACUGAAUCCAAAAGUUCUUUAGAGAUAAGGCUGUAAAGCUUUCAGGGCUAUUCAGGAUUAUUUGUUACGUGUGGAGGUGCAGUUAAGGUGAAUGUGCAUCUAUGAUGAAUGUGGACAUUGUUCGAUUAAAAGCUAACCAAGUAGAACAGAACUUGGUGUAUCACUUUUAGGUUUUCCAUGUACUAAAUCGGAUUGUGACGGAGUGCAACAGGGAAUUCUGAGACAAACAUAUCCAUCUGCUUGCAAAUGUAUUCUGUUUCAUUCGUCCGCUCAAUAGUGGAAUAUUCCACAGACAAUUUAUUUCACCAUCUAGUUAGGAAGGCAGUUGGGCAUGAGGUCUUGGGAAGAAGCAGCUGUUUAUAUUGAAUCUUCUAUCCUGCCCAUAAGAUUUAUAGAGAAGUAAUACCAUCAUUUAUUUAUAUGUAAGCGUAUGUAUAUAUAGAUAGUAGUUUUGGAAAGGGGCUUUCUUAAUCAUUUGUUUUCCCCAGCCUCAAGGUUUAGAUUCAGGCAGUAGUUUAUGUAGGUGCUCACUAGCGGUUCUGCAUGUAGCAGUAUUCGAAGCCAUUUUGUUGGUUUGUGGUGACCAAGGACUUCACCAACUGUACAAUGGGUGCUGUAAAAUCCCACUGUGGCUCUGAGAAGUUCUCACUUGUACUUUGUGAGGUUUUAAUUGACCGGGCAAAUAUAUCAGGUGAGUGAUUGGCUGAGAGUCAUCGACUAUGGUGGAGCCAGUCACUGUGAAAAUGGCAAGAGUUUAUGGGAACAUUUGAGGGCAGAUUUUUUAAGGUUCGAAUGGUAAAUUCAAAUUUUCACAUUUUUUUUCGUCAAAGCUCACAAAUUCUAAUUUAAAAGCACCAACUAGAAUGUAAAUUUGAGUGUGAGAUUUUUCACACGUCGACCAUGGAAACCAUUCCAAUUUGAAUAUUCGCAACCUAAAACCUGCGAGUUCAUGUACAAGUCAAUGGCAGAGGUCCGUGGAACCAUUUGAAGAUGUUAAUUGCCUUCCUGACAUUCAAGGUUUUCUUUCAGAGGAAGAAUCGAUUUGAAUUUGAUUCAAAUUUUUAGGUCCGGACUAUUUUAACGAAUAUUAGUCGUUCGAGAUUCUUCAUAAAUUACCUCCGAUUUGAGUUGUGAGUACGUUCGAAUUUAGUAGCGUAACAAAAAAAUUCACAUAAAUUUGACCUUUGAUAAAUAACCCCCUUGUUCUGGGCUCUUUCUCAUAGCAAGGAAAUUAAUUGAAAUGGACAAGCCUAGAAUCCACCUUUCAUCCAAUCGAGCAUUAGAAUUUUUAAAAUUUACAUUCAUUUAAAGAAGAAAACAUGAAAACACUUCUAUAUGAAAACAUCGUCUUUAGGCAGAUUUAUUAAAAUAUAAAUAUUUUCACAUAAUUUCCAAAACUGAAUGAUGGUUAGCUUGAUCGAUCAAACUUGAAUCUGGAAAACCUGAUCUCUUAAAAUCAUGUAAAAAAAACAAAAUGAGAUCACACUAAAUUUACUCUACUCAUUCUACUCCUUAAUGUUCUGCUUUUGAAUUUCAAAGUAGCUUGAACUUUUAAAAUACACCCCCCGUUGACUUCUACUGAAACUCGCCAGUUAAUUGCAAACACAUGGUUUUGCCAUGAAAUACAUGAAUUUUAGUAAAAACGUAAUCUCGAAUGUAAAUAAGUCUUCCCCUUAAAGUUGCAGUAGGCAACCAUGAAAACCAAAGUGAAAGUGAAAUGUACUUUAAAAGUUUCCACCGAACUAAAGGGAAACCUGUCUCUAUACGUGUGUACUUUAAAAAUAAAUUUUAAAUGUAAUAGCGUAUAAGCUCUUAUUAUGGUGUAAUUAUAUUGUGUGAGUGAUUUCCGGCUGUAUUUGGUAUCGUAACUGUGGAUACUUAUGUGGCUUCUAUGUUGGCAGAUAACAUGACAAAAUGUAAUACCAGUUCAGAAGUAUUGGAUCGAUGUGAUUGUGUAAAUGAUAAAAUGUCUUAAUACAUUCAUUCAACUCAAUCUUUGUGUACAUAUCUGUGUGAAAUAAAAGGAACGCAUAGGA